AUGAUUCCUUUAAUUGGAAUCACAAUUUAUUUUUUAUUAUUUACAUCUACAAUAGCAUUACAAUGUAAUCCAACAGAAUCUAUAAAAAAAGUUAAUCCUGAAGAUCCAUAUUCCUAUUUAUAUUGUAAUUUGGAGGGAAUUUUUACAAUUAAAAUGUGUAAUCCUGGAAGUAUGUUUAAUACUGAAAAAGCAGAAUGUGAAACUAUAAAUAGAAAUGAUGAUCCAUUAUUACAACCACAAAAUCAGGCACCAGAUGAUAUUUGUAAUGGUGGUAUUCCAUUAACAAGACUAUCAGCACCCGUUAUUUGUAAUCCCUCAAUUUCAUCAUGUCCAGAUGGUUAUAUUUGUAAUAUUUAUUCUAAAACUGGAACAGCAUAUUGUUGUAAAAAUCCAAAUUUUGAAACUGAAGAAAAUAAAGAUAUUCUUUGUCCAGGAAAUCAGGUUACUUAUUUUGAUGAUAAUGCCUUACCUAAAACUUGCCUAUUAAAUAAAAAAGGAUCAUGCCCUUCUGGAUUUGGUUGUACAUUGAUUGGUGAUACAACAACAAGAUGUUGUGGUCAAAGUUUUGGUUGUCCAACAAAUUCAGCAGGACUUGUUAAUAGUAUGACUGGUGGUUUUACAGGUUGUGAUAUGAAUGAUAAAAAAAGUUGGCCACAUGGUUUUAUUUGUAAAAAAAGUAAUAUGUUUAAUAAUAAUAUAUUAUGUUCUGAUACAUCAACAAUUUCUAAUAAUGUUUGUAAUAGUGGGAUUCCAUUAAAAAGAAAAAUCAAAUGUAGUAAAAGAUAUCCUUGUCCAAUAGGGUUUUCUUGUGAAAAUGAAACAUGUUGUCCAAUGUUUUUUGAAUGUCCUGUUGGUGAACCAUUAAAUAAAGGAAUUAUGAAAUGUUCAUAUGAUGAACCAUGUCCUGAUGGUUUUGAUUGUGUAACAUCAAAUGAUGUAACAUAUUGUUGCCCAUCAUCUGUAUUUGUUUGUAAUUUACCUAAAGAAAAUGGUUUCAAAUGUAAUAAUAAUGCAUCUCUUACAUUACGUUAUUACUUUGAUCGUUAUAGUGGUACAUGUAAAAUGUUUAAAUUUACCCAAUGUGGUGGAAAUUCAAAUAAUUUCAAAACAAAAAAUGAAUGUGAAAAUUUUUGCCAAUAUACACAAUGUCACAAAGGUGGUAUACCACAUCGACAAUUUGCCGCUAAUACCUAUUGUUCUACAUUAAUUAAUCAAAAUAUUAAUACUUGCCCUUUUGGUUAUACUUGUACAGAUUCUAUUUUAAAUAGUAAUGCUAUUUGUUGUCCCAUAAAAGAAGAUACAUGUAAUGAAGUAGUAACUGCUGGAAUAGCAUGUUUUAAUUCAAAUACAUCAUUUUUAAGAUUUUAUUAUGAUUCUGAAGAAAAAAAAUGUAAACCUUUUCAUUUUUUUGGUUGUAAUGGAAAUAAUAAUAGAUUUCUAAGUAUUAAUGAGUGUGAAGAAACAUGUGUGCUCACUUUUGCUAAUGUUUGUAAUGGAAUGGCUCCAUUAAUUGCUCCAAAUCAUGAAUUAGCUGAAUGUUCAGAUGAUUUUCCAUGUCCAGAUGGAUAUAUUUGUAAUAAUGGUGGAAAUUGUUGUCCUGAACCACAAUUAGCCUGCCAAACACAUGUAUCACUUGGAAGUACCUGUUCAAAAUAUAAGGCAGAAAAAGCUUGGUAUUGGGAUGAUGAACAUGCUGAAUGUAAACAAUUUUUAUUUAAUGGAUGUGGUGGUUCACCUAAUAGAUUUUUUUCUAAAUCAGCAUGUCUUGAAGCUUGUACAAAACCUGUUGGUGAAUGUCCAAGUGGUAUGAAUCCAUAUAGAAGUGAAGGAAUGGUACAAGAAUGUACAUUAAAUAUUGCAUCUUCAUGUCCAUCAGGAUAUUCAUGUGUCACAUCAACUGCUGGUGUACCAAUAUGUUGUCAGAGUGUUGCAAAGUGUCCAGCACCAAGAAAAGCAUAUAUAAUACCAGGAUCUGAUAGUUUUGUUGCCUGUACACCUGAAUCUAAUACAUGCCCAAGAAAUUAUGAUUGUAUAGAAAGUGAUAAAGUAAAUGGUUUCUUUUUAUGUUGUAGUUCUAGUAGUACAAAAAAAGGAUUAAAUAUUGGGGGACAAUCAACUAGAACAUUACCAUUACGUCAAAAAGUAGGUGAACGUUUAACAUGUCCUGAUAAUUUAGAAAAUAAUGGUAUAAAAUGUAAAAUUAAUGGUAAAAAUGUAUGUGAAAAUGGAUAUACAUGUAUGGGAUCUGGUCUUAAUGGUGUAUGUUGUAAAGGAAUACCAACAUGUAAAAGAAAUCUUCAAGCUGUAUUAUUAGGACCAAAACAGGUUCAAUUAUGUGGAAAAGGAUUAGUUGGUUGUCCAAGAGGAUCUGCCUGUGCAAUAAGUUCAAUAAAAGGUGUUAAUGUAUGUUGUAAAACAAAUACAUUUUUUGGAAAUAAAGGAUCACUUGUACCAAAAUGUAAAGGAAAUAAAAUUCCAUUUUAUGAAUUAGGUUCUAGGACAGCUAAAAGUUGUGAAAUUGGUAUAAAAAAUACUUGUCCAAAAGAUUAUAUUUGUCAAGAGACAUCUGAUGAUGAAUUUCAUUGUUGUCCAUCACCUGAUCAAUGUCCAAAUAAAGGUGUUGCAUAUAUUAUUAAUGGUAAAGCAUUAGCUUGUAAUAUUGAUGUUAAUAAUUGUCCAUCUGGAUAUAAAUGUGAAGGUGAUCCAGAUACAGCAAUAUGUUGUAAAAGACCAUUAGAUGGAUCAUCAUGUCCUGAUAAUAGAAAAGCUUAUACAAUGGCAGGAAGACCAUUAGUAUGUCCUAAAGGUAGUAAAACAUGUCCUAAUGGAUAUUCAUGUAUAUCAAGUUUAAUGGAUGAUAAAAUUCAUGUAUGUUGUGAAGAUGGACCAAUAAAUAAAUUAAAUUUACAACCAAAUUGUUAUCAAGGUGAACCAUAUAAAGAUUUAUUUACACAAUCAAUUAAAGAAUGUACAAGAGAAUUUAAUACAUGUCCAGUUGGAUAUGAUUGUGAUGAAUCUACAAUAAAAGGUAAAUGGAUAUGUUGUUCAACUAAAUUAAUUAAUAAACAAUAUGAAGGUUAUUGUCCAAUUGGACAAAUACCAUAUGUUGGAAUGAACUCUCCUGAGCCACCAAGUUGUCACAUGACACUUACACCUUGUCCAACUUCUGGUGCCUAUACAUGUGUUUACUCUGCACAAAAACAAAAUUCAUAUUGUUGUGCACCUCUUGAAUCAGCAGUUUUUUUGUCACCAAAUAAAAAUAUUCCUCUUCCUAAUAAUGAAGAUAAUUUUAAUAGUAAUAUUGAUGAAGAAAUUGGAUGUCCAACAGGAAGUAAACCACUUUUAGAAUUUGGUAUGCCUAAAAGGUGUAGUGUUUUAGAUGUAUGUCCAAUUGAUUAUGUUUGUAAACAAAAUAAACAUGAUUCAAGUGUAUGGCAAUGUUGUUCAAAUAUUAUUAUUAUAAAAUCAAAUAAUUAUGGAAAUGAAAAUUCUUUAAUUAAUUUAAAUAAUAAUCAAUUUAAUCAAUUUGGAGGAAAUAAUUUUUAUGGAAAUGAAGAUAGUUCUAUUAUUCCAAAUAAUAAUAUGAAUUUUAUGAGUCCAUUAAAGGGAGGACAAUUAGUUUUAAGAGCUGGAAUGUCAUCUUCUGAUGUUGAAGAACUUGAUGCAAGUAAAGGAUGUCCUAAUGGAUUUAGUGCUAUUAAUAAUAAAUGUAAAAAAAUGUAUUAUCUUGGACAAAGAGGAUGUCAAAUUGAUGAACAAUGUAGUUUAACAACACAAUAUGCUUACUGUAAUAAAGAAUAUUGUGCAUGUCCUCAUGAUAAAUUAAUUUAUAAUGCUAAAUGUGUUGAAAAUUGUCCAUUAGGAUUUUUAAAUAUAGCAGGAAGAUGUCAUGACAUUACAACUGUAAUGUUAAUGGAUAGUGUUGAUGAAAGAAAAAAUGGAACAAUUGGUGGUUUUUGUUUAGAUACAGUUGUUGCAGAUGAACAAUGUUUGGUUAAAAAUAGUUUUUGUAGUGAAAAGUCAAUUACAUGUCAAUGUAAACCUGGAUAUGAAUUAGAAGUUAACUUUGAUAAUAUUAAUGAUAAAGGUUCUUGUACUGAAUUUAAAGAAUCUAAAUUUACUCAAGAAAGAUUAAAUGAUUAUUUAAAACCACAAAACCAGGAACCAGAAUUAUUUUAUGUUAUGGAAAUGAGAGACGAAGAGGAAACAAUAACAUCUAAAACACCUAAAUUAAGCUAA